UGUCUGGAGAGAAGAGGCUUGGGUGACAGGCCAGGGGUUGGGGGAAGAGUUAGCCAGCCCGAGUCGCAGUUUCACUCCCUGAUUUCUCGGCGGCGGGACUGAGACCGGCAGGAGGCUGGCUUAUCUGCCCGCAUCACCGCCGUUCUACUGCGGCCGCUCCUCUCCCAGCCCAGCAGACUGCUCAUCACCCUCGCUAGUGAGUUGUGGAGGCUUGUGGACCCAGCAGAGCGGCGAGCUAUCCCUGGCAGUUCUGUCCUCCCACGGUUGGCAGUUUCACCCCCGAAUGUAUCACAGUCCCCGCGGUGGGCACCGAACACCCCUGGCAGUACUAAGUGGGAUGCGGUUCGGACAGUCGCGCUAAGUGACACCACACUGGGCACAGAGCGCUCUUGCUCCUGGCCACCGUUUGAGAGGCGGUGGCGGAGGGGAUGAGCACCGGACGCGCAAAGCGACUGCCGCGAGCUAUCCCCGGGAGGUGGACGCCGAGUAAGGCUCCUCGCAGGACCGUGAGGAUCUUUAGCUCCCCCAGCACGAGGUGGCGAAACCUCCCCGCUGCGCCUCCGGUCAGGAUGUUCUGGGCACCUGCCUGCUGCUGAGAUGUUCCGUUAAGCGGCUCUGACACACGCAGCCCGGGUCUCAGGUGGGCAAAACUGAGUGGGCUUGGCUUCGGCCCCUCGUGCAGGUGGAUGAAAAGUGCCGGAGGCCUUGCAUGGGAUAAACGUUCAAAUUUUAAGAACCAUGGACGAAGGGACUGUGCAGUCCCGGGCCCAAGAGCAGCUGGAGGCACCUGCGGCGGUGGGAGCUGUCCAAGAGAAGUGCGAGUCAGAGACCUUCAGGUCGAAGAGUUUACCAGUCCUGCACAGCGCCUCCUGCCGGCCGAAUCUCAGUACUGGGAACGCAGAUGGCAAACUGGCCUUGGGCUGCACUGAAGCUUUGGGUCACCAGGAGAGGCAUCGAGGACCGAACCUGAUAGUCCCUAGCCCUUCUGCCCCAUCCACUUCGGCAGGGGCUGCAGCGGAAGUCAUCGACUGCAACCACAGGAUGGACCCCAGCAAAACUCUGUCGGUGUCUUCUACUCUGGCUACACUCCAGGAGAGAAGGUGUCUCUAUGUGGUCCUCACGGAUUCUCGCUGUUUCCUAGUGUGCAUGUGUUUCCUGACCUUCAUCCAGGCCUUGAUGGUCUCUGGGUACCUAAGCAGCGUCAUCACUACCAUUGAAAGGCGCUAUAGCCUGAAGAGUUCCGAGUCCGGGCUGCUGGUCAGCUGCUUCGACAUAGGAAACCUGGUGGUGGUGGUGUUCGUCAGCUACUUUGGUGGCCGUGGGAGAAGGCCUCUGUGGCUGGCGGUGGGUGGACUUCUUAUCGCUGUCGGGGCUGCGCUCUUUGCCUUACCUCACUUCAUCUCGCCUCCCUACCAAAUCCAAGAGUUGAACGCUUCGGUUUCCAACGAUGGCCUUUGUCAGAAUGGCAACUCCACGGCCACCUUGGAGCCUCCUCCCUGUCCCAAGGAAUCGGGAGGAAAUAACCACUGGGUCUAUGUGGCUUUAUUCGUUUGUGCACAGGUUCUCAUUGGAAUGGGCUCCACACCGAUUUACACCCUGGGACCAACCUAUUUAGAUGACAACGUCAAGAAAGACAACGCAUCCUUGUACCUAGCCAUCAUGUACGUCAUGGGAGCACUUGGCCCCGCAGUAGGAUAUUUACUAGGCGGGCUACUCAUUGGUUUCUAUGUCGAUCCCAGAAAUCCUGUUCUCCUUGAUCAGAACGACCCUCGUUUCAUCGGAAACUGGUGGAGUGGAUUCCUCCUUUGUGCCAUGGCAAUGUUUCUUGUGAUAUUCCCAAUGUUUACUUUUCCAAAAAAGCUUCCGCCUCGGCACAAGAAAAAGAAAAAGAAAAAAUUUUCUGCUGACGUCGUUAGCGACGAUGAUGUCAUCAAGGAGAAAUCAAACAUGAGUGAACAAGUGAACAAAAAGCUUUCCUCAAUGGGCUUUGGAAGGAAUGUCAGAGACCUCCCAAGAGCAGCUGUCAGGAUCUUAAGCAACAUGACAUUCCUUUUUGUGAGUCUGUCAUACACAGCUGAGAGCGCCAUUGUCACCGCUUUCAUUACCUUCAUCCCCAAGUUCAUCGAGUCCCAGUUUGGCAUCCCCGCUUCCAGUGCCAGCAUCUACACUGGUGUCAUCAUUGUCCCCAGCGCUGGUGUUGGCAUCGUCCUGGGAGGCUACAUCAUAAAAAAGUUGAAGCUUGGUGCGAGAGAAUCCGCUAAACUAGCAAUGAUCUGCAGCGGAGUGUCUUUGCUGUGCUUCUCAACCCUGUUUAUUGUGGGAUGUGAAAGCAUUAACCUUGGAGGCAUAAACAUCCCAUAUACGACAGGACCUUCUCUGACCAUGCCCCAUAGGAAUCUGACAGGAAGCUGCAAUGUUAAUUGUGGUUGUAAAAUACACGAAUACGAGCCAGUCUGUGGAUCAGAUGGAAUCACGUACUUCAACCCAUGCCUGGCUGGCUGUGUUAACAGUGGCAAUCUUAGCACCGGGGUUCGCAAUUAUACAGAGUGCGCCUGCGUCCAAAGCCGACAAGUGAUCACCCCGCCCACGGUGGGCCAGCGCAGCCAGCUCCGUGUGGUCAUCGUGAAAACUUAUCUCAAUGAGAACGGCUAUGCUGUGUCCGGGAAGUGCAAACGCACCUGCAACACCCUCAUCCCCUUCUUGGUCUUCCUGUUCAUAGUUACCUUCAUCACAGCCUGCGCCCAACCGUCAGCCAUCAUAGUGACACUCAGGUCCGUGGAAGAUGAGGAAAGGCCCUUUGCGCUGGGAAUGCAGUUUGUUUUGUUGCGAACACUUGCGUACAUUCCUACUCCGAUUUACUUUGGAGCUGUGAUUGACACCACCUGUAUGCUCUGGCAGCAAGAAUGUGGAGUGCAGGGGUCUUGCUGGGAGUACAACGUGACGUCGUUCCGUUUCGUCUACUUCGGUUUGGCAGCUGGCCUCAAAUUUGUGGGCUUUAUUUUUAUUUUCCUGGCCUGGUACUCUAUCAAAUACAAAGAAGAUGAACUGCAGAGGCGGAGGUGUAGAGAAUUCCCGCUGAGCACUGUGAGUGGGGUAGUGGGCCAGGCCAACCAAGCGGAGAAAUACGCCCGGACUACAUCCUGCCCAGCCUUCAGCACCCAAGCGGAAUUUCAUGAAGAAACUGGCCUGCCAAAGGGAUUCCCGGGCACUACACAGACCUAUCCUGGGCCUUUCCCAGAAGCAAUAAGUUGGUCUGCAGAUCCGGGGCUGGACGAGAGUCCCAGUUCUGCUCUGUAGCAUCCCUGCGGAAGCCUGGAAAAGGAAAACCUGUUUUGUUGGUUGAGUUGAAUAUGGCGAGUUGAGAAACACCUGUGCCUUCUUACUUUCUUUUAAAAAAAAAAAACCUCUACAGACACAAUCCUCAAACCAACAAAACUCAGUCUACACGGCCACUGUUGAUUGAGGGCUGGAUACCUCAACAAGACUGACAGCUUUCCCCUCUCUUUUUCCAGGGUGGAGCUUAGAUACGUCGGUUACCACUUUUGCUGGGUUCACUUCAUGCUCCUGUAUGGUAGAAGCCUGAGGCUCGUGGCGAACCAUGGGCAAGGCUGUGACCACACAUAUCAUUAGCUUACCCUCCAGAGGAAGGUGAGCUGGACCAUGACUUUGCAUUGGCAAGGCGGAGUUCUUAGGUUUGAGCACCUACCGUGUGGGUUCCGCUCCAAAGCACAAUUUGCCUCAACUAUGCAAUCUGAUCGGAACAAUAGAAGUGUGGCGUGCCCCUUUGGCUUUCACAGAAUAAAGCAGAUGUUUUUGAUAAGUGGAAGCUGAAUGUUCCCUAAAGCGCUGUUAAUAGCAUUUUAAGCCAUAGCAGACGUAUCAAUCAGGUAGAAAAAAUUUCAAAUGCUUCAAAGAACUGUAUGCCACAAGGUAAUGAAUGACAACCAAUUUCCUAAGAUCUGUUUUUCUUCUUAGUCUGUUUACUCCAUCAUAAGGUAGAUCAAGAGGCUGCUGAAUCAUACAUCUGAUAGCUUGACUAUUUAAACUACAGUAUUCUUUCAUAAGGGGCUUUAAAACUAGUGUGCUAAACAAUAUGGUUAGAACCUAUAAUUUGAGAUGCUUCAUAAGGAAGGAAACGGCUUUCCCAUCUGAGGAAGUGGCUGUCAAAACCCAGCUAUGAAGGACCCACUAAAUGUUGCUAAGAGUUACUACUAUCUUGACAUUCAAAGUAGUGGAUAAAGGAAUUCCUGGGGUAAGAUUGAGUCCCUUCUGGGGAUUUAUUUCAUGAUAGCCUCAACAUACUGGCAAGUCUCUACUGUUUUUUUUUUGUUUUGUUUUGUUUUGUUUUCUGGAUAGAAAAUGACCGUGGUUGCUUCAGAAAAUGAGUACUUCAGUCAGGGAAGCUGUACCUGGGAUAUUACAGUCACUGCUGAGGAGAUGAGAGAUUUGUUAACGGAACACAACAUGUGAUCCUACGUUAAGUAAUGAGUUUGAAUGGUAAAGCAAAUGAGUCUACCGUACUGAAUCCUCUUUCUCCACGUUAGCCUCAAUUCACGAUCCUCCUUGCAUCUCUGCGCUCAUAUUCUUUCUGUGGUGAUCCUGAGAAAGGACAUUUCCCUUCCGAAAGACAGCCUGGUUUCUUUGACAGUUGUUCAUUGACAACGCUGUUGCUUGUCUUUGGCACUGCUCGGUUGCUUUCUGUAUGGGUCUUAAGACAGAGGUCUCUUGACGGUCUUUGAGCUGCAGGGGACCAAAAGGCCCAAUGUGUCAUAAAGUUGAGACCUCUCUGUCAGCAUCUCAUGCCACGUAAGGAGAACUUGGGAAACGUUUCCUUGUCUGGAAGAGAGGUGGCUAGCAGACUGACUAUGAGUCAGGUCUUUGCACCGACAUUCUUGAUGGGCCACACAAGUAGACUUGUAGGGAUAUUCCUAGGUAUAUAUAUGACUUCCUGUCACCCUUGUAGCAAGGGCACUAUUCAAGUGGUUUUCUGGAGACAUGGAAUUUGUGGAGGGGGCAUUCACUAUCAGGCUGAAUAAUGUAUAUAAAAUAGAGUUAGUGACCAGGUGGGAAGGACUUCGCUUGGACUCCUGGGCUUGGCUGUCAGGGAGGUGUGCAGCCGUGCUUAGCUUAGUGUAUCAGAUUUUGUCUGGUGUAACAAACAUUAAAGGAUUUCAUAAAAUAGCGCAGAUUUCCCGAGGGUGUCCUCUAGGGACUCAGUGUCCCUCUUUGCCAUCGUAGGCCUUUAGAAGGGAUAGUUUCCUUUAAUGUUGAUGCUGAGAUUUGUAGAUUUGGGAGUGGUAGUGCUUGCUUUAUUUUUCUGUGAUAAUUAAGAUUUACUUAAGAGACUUCUGGUGGAACCGGUCCUGGUUUGGCAUUAGGGUGAAUGGAUUCACCAGGGAUAAUUUGAAAGGCCCUCAUUCCUUUCUUCCUUGGAUUCAGUUCAGCAAUUGCUGCCUGGGCACCAGUCAUGUGUUGAUACACUUACUGCUCUUUGGGAUGCUGAGGCCAGAAUGCAGAGACGGUGACCUGAGAUGCGCAUGCCCGUUUGUGAAUAGUUGCUCCUGAUACUGUGAAUGCGCUGUUGCUGAACGUGGAGUGAGUUGUGACGUCAGAAGGGAAUGAAGUUCUGGGUAGUUAGCAAUUAAAGGUUGCUCUCCAAAUGUUUUAGACUCUGGUCGCGUCGUCAGAACAUUACAUAGCCAAGGAGUUGACUAUUUCGUAGUUAGCACCAUUCGGUCGUACAAUAGAAGAGGUCUUCUGUGUUUCUGGUACCCUGGCUGGUCACUUCGAGCCACAGCUCCUAACAAGAACUUUAAUUGCUGCUCUCGGAGCAGAGGCUUUGAAUCACUUGUUUUGACAAAAGGACUCCUUGCUCUCCCUUCAGCUCUAUGAAUUAAUGUGUUGUUUCGCUUUAAUAUGCAAAUAUAAUAUCCAGAUCAUUGAUUUAGAAACUCCCAAGGGCCAAGGGAAGAGGGUGUUGGAGAACAUAUUUUGAUUUUCUUCCUUCGUGUGAUGUCUUGUUCCUUGGAGGUGGAGUUAAUGCUUAAAAAAAAAAAUGGUCAAAGUCCUUGGGAACACUGUGGGGAUGGGGAGAAGGGGUGGUGCGGAAACAGACUAACACUUGGUGUGGUGGCUGUUUCCAGAAUAGUUUCCCAACAUUCAGCAUCCAUUGCAUUUCUCUCUUCAAGAACAUGCAAACACACUUCUCUUCCGUGGUGCUGGCUUGAGCUCAGGGCCUUGCAUACGCUAAGCACGUGUUCUUCCUUGAGCAGCGCCCCAGCCUUCUCUGGAGUGGAUUUUUGUCCGUUUGUUUGUUUUGUAAACGGAUUUGAACCUGAGGCUCAGAAUGUUAAAGUCAGUCACUUAGGAUGGCGUCAAGGGGCAGCGACAGGCUGGGGCAGCGACAGACUGAGACAGCUCUCUCUGACUAAACUGUUGGCUUCUUACGAGAUUGAAUACAGGUCACCACAAACAAAAGGAAAAUGUAAAGUAGGUGAGCACAUGCCACUUUCUGAUGUACUACUGUUUUGGAACACUAGGGACAUUCUUCAAAAUAGAGACAUUUCCUUGUAUAAGUAGAAAAAAAGCAUAGCACAUACCUGUGGGAGCCAUCCACACUCAAUGUUUCACUAGAUUUUUCAAGGUAAAUUUCAUUUAUGUAGCCAAGUAUGAUAUUAAAAUCAUUUGUUAUAACAUACCUCAAAUGUUUAUUUAUAGGUUGUGUUUAAUUGAGAACACAUCCAGUUUUGGUAUUAAUUAGGAUCUUAGCAGAAUUUCCUGAAGUGAAUUUUUUAUGAAAAAAAAAAAGCUUAGUUUUGACCAAUUGUAUCUCAGCUUUGGGGUUAUUUAUACUUUUCUCUCGUCAGUAGAUUAACACUUCUGCUUGUAGACAACUAUGAGUUUUCAGAUUAUUAACAAAGACUCAAAAAGAACAUAGGAAAUAUACACAAGCCACCGACCCCGUCUGUUACCUCAAGUGACCGUGGCAGUACCCGCAUCCUUCCACUCAGGGAACUAACACCGCAGAAGUUGCUACAGAGUAGGGCUCCCGAGGGUCUCAGGAAUCCUACAUUUCACCAACCCACCAGAAUUUCCUGUGUGGUCCACAAUUCCAGCUCAAUCUUUAUUGAACUUAUAACCAGGAGGUGUCUUUUAUUUUUUGAGGCUGCUUUGUAGACCCCUGUGUGCACCAAGGAACAGCCGCACAGUGUGGAGGGACCCAGAGGCCCUGUGGGAACUCUCCCGUGAGCCCCAGAGCAAGGCAAGCGCUUGCCUAGGGUGCGUGCGUGUCCCCGUCCCAAAGGUGCAGAAUGUGAUUUGCUGCAUAGGUACAUGCUGAGUAUUCUAAGUAGCAGAUAGAAACCGCAAUACUGUAACCCCCAGAAUAGCCUGGAAGGCAGGCUCAGUAAUCUGCUCUCCAGACUUGUGAGGAAUCUCUCACGUCUGUGUUUUCUCUUCCACAGUUGGGGGUGGGAGGUGGCUGACAGGAGAGGCUAGUAGCCGGGUGCAUUUUGUCACCCCCGUCCUCUUUAGUCAUUUUUAGUGGUAGCCCUGGUCUACUCUUCCCCCAGAAGUGAAGAGGAUGCUGCCAGUUUUGUCUGUCCCAGACUUCCUGCGGCAUUGCAAUCAGAUUUGUGUUGGUCGGAAGAGGUUUAAUUUAAGCACUUCAUUUUUACUCAGCCUUAAGGAAGGUCAAAGGUGACCAGAAGCUCACCUUAUCGCUGUUGGCGUUGACAACAUUAAAAGCAAAAUGCCUUGGUGCUAAAGUAUUAAGAGAUGCAUGUUUCUCUCUGAAUUCAGUGUUUCGACGACAAGGGGCUGCAUGUGCUUUGUGUUUGGAAACCUGGGGCUUCCCCCAGAGAACAAGCCCCCUCGGCUCUCAUUGCCACAGCCCACCAACUCUACACUGCAAAAAUGAGAAGCCUAUGGGAGAAUCCUUUCCUACGGAAAAGUCAGUGCUUUUGAUAUUUAGCUUAGCAAGAAUAAACAGAUGCUAAAAGUAAUUUCAGAGAGAUAAAAACCUAUUUAGAUAGUCUUCUAUCUUCUCCAGGAAGCUUUAAGCCCUGUGAGCUAUUUUUUUUUUUUUUUUGCAUUGGGGUUCAAUGCUCUCGUCUUUUACUGGUAGUUUACUGUACCUGUCAAAAGUUAAGAAAAACUGAGGUAAUGGUAAGGGUGCAUUAAACAAAGCGAAAGGGUCAGGCUUGGCAGUGGGCAUUUUUCAUAAAAUAUAUACCUCGACCCCAAACCCAAAUGUUAAUCUAGGAGCAUGAAGCCCAAGUCAGCCUUUAACUUUGUAGGAUAAGGAAACGUGAAGCCGUGGCAAACGCAUUAGGAUAUCUGCAGAGUGAUGUAUGUGUGUGUCUGUCUGUACCCGUCUGUCCAUCUGUCUGUCUGUGUGUUUCUUUUUAGAGGCAAGUCUGUGAUGAAAGGCUGCUUUCAGUUAUUAUGUAGAGUUUGAUUUUGUGGUUUUUUUGAACCAAUAUUUAUUUGGAAACCUGUUAUGGUAAUGUCAAGGGGUGUAUGACUUAUUUCUUUAUGUUUAAUGAAACUGACUGUCAAAGAACUAAUAAACCUGGGUUUACAACACCAUGAAUACUUGAUCAUUGAAAAUAAAAAAAGGUGGAAAAAAAAUAAAGCGUGCUGGAUUGAA